AUGUCCGCCGCCGCGACUUCUCCGUCUCUUCCCAUCCACAAACCCUCUCUCUCAACUGCGCCUCUGAGGACCGCUUCUCCUGCUACUCAUUCUCGCAACACGUCGCCUCAUUCCCCAUGCUCCUCCCCAAAUCAAUCCAAGGCUAGCAGCCGUCGUGAAUCGUUUGGCUCCAUCAAAGAAGACGUUGACGGAAUCGCACAAUCCUUCGUGGAUACUCAUCUUGACCAGCCUCACAAAGAACGUCCGAAAGCGGACCUCUUCGAAAUGCAACACUCACCAGAGUUCUGUUGCCCAUGCGGAGGUUUCCUUGGGUGGAAGCAGAUCCGUCUAGGUGGAAAGAGCCUCAGCAGAAGCUAUAGCGAUCUCCGGGCUCUUGGAAAUGCGAGUGCUCGUGGUUGGGCCUGGGAAGCAACCCCUACACCAGCCAGCAAGGCACCUACACCGAAGGAACAGAUACCAGAGCCGGGAUCGUCCCGUUUGGAGAAAUUACCCCCCGAGAUCCUUGAUCAAAUCAUAUCACAUCUAGCAUUGGAUGUUCCUCCGAACGGCUACACUCCCCGGAAUGUGGACUUGGUUGCAUGCCUUUUGACCUCGAAAACGUUGCACGCCGCAACUCUUAGCGUGUUGUACAGGAAUAUGACCUUUCCACACUCUAUUAUCUUCUCCAAAGCUCUCAAUCACAUGUCACAGUAUCCCGCUUUGGGCACGCUGGUUCGUCGCCUCGAUUUUUCUCACUUCACCUCGGUUGGUCUGGGGCGAACGAAGCAGAUGAACUCCGAAAUCCAGAAUUUGACCUCAAGGACGCUUUUAGCUUUCCUAAAUUUACUGCCAAACCUCAAGGAGUGUCUGCUUCAAGAACAUCUUGAGGGAGAUCUUAGCGUGGAAGUGAUCGCGAAGCUGUUCACAGAUCUUCCCAAUUUGCAUGCCAUCGACUUUUGUGGUAGCAGCUCGUCGUCAUUUUCCGCUCUUUUCCAGCAGGCUUUGAGUUUCGGGGCUGGACUCCCGCUGACUUUGCCGAACCUUCGACGAAUUUCCCUCCACGAAUGCAGCGGCAUUCCAUCCUCUGCAUUCGAGCUCCUUCUCCCUCGCUUGGUCAACUUGACUCAUCUCGACGUCUCACACACACAGAUUAGCGACGAUGCAUUGUUCGCGAUCCCAGAGACCGCUAAGAUUACCCAUUUGAGCGUUUCCCGAUGCAUUCGACUGCGCGGGUCAAAGGUGGUGGAAUUCUUGACCACACACCCGGCUGUCUGUGACUCGUUGGUUUUUCUGAAUGUCAUGACCGAUGCCUCUCGGUACAGGCUGUUGGAGGAGGAGGAUGUGCACAAGCUACUUCCGAAGCUUCCUACGACUCUUCGCUCCCUGAACCUCGGCGGCGCCAAGGUUACAUCAGCCCAUACCGAUGCUCUCAUCCCCUUGACCAAGCAUUUGGAAGAAUUAGGUUUGAGUUCCGCCGAUCUAUCCGCAAAGGACCUUAACCGCUUCUUUACCCCCUCUCAGCCCGCUGGCGAGGAUGGGUCGGCGUCAGAAACUGCGGCGUGGGUGCCACCUACGCUCUGCUACCUUGAUCUCACCAAGAUCCCAGGGCUAAGCGUGGGUGUUGUUUUCAACACCAAUGCUUGCCUGUUGCUCUCGAAACAGAGCUAUCCUCUGCAGGUCAUCGAAUUCAGCGACAAGCUCAUCACGCCAUUGCGCGAAAAGCCCAAGAACACCAAGACUUCUCCCGACUGGACGGUUCGUGAACUGGGGCGUCGUGGAUGGUACGUCCGCGACCCCGCGUCAAUGCCCAACACUCCGCUUGACGACGGCUCUCGCUUUUGGAAAAUGGGCGCUAGAUGGUGGGGGAUGAGAAAAAUCCCUGUCGCCAAUGGUGACGUGGGCGGGCUCUAUGGACACUACAUGUUCAAGAGGUGA